AAGAAAUGCCCUUUGCUCACACACGCACACACAACUAUAUAUAUACACACACACAAGCCCUUCAUUUCAUAACUCAACAACUCGUUUUAUAAACCAAACAUUCUCAUAGAGAGACUGAGACUUAGAGAGAGAAGCAAAUCAGAAGUGAAGUUAAAGAUCGUGAUGGAGAAGAAGAUUCUGAUCGUGUCAUUUAUCAUCUUAUUGGUGCAGAUGUCUUCAAUUAUUUCGAGAGUUGAUUGCAGAGCCCUGAAAACAGAGCAGAUGAGCGCCUGUGAUGAGAUGGCCGCCGUAGACGGCGGUGGUUUUAGCUUUUUCUCAGCGUCUGCUGCUGCGAACAGCUCGAGGAUUCCUCUGAUGAGGAGCUUGGCUUUCCGGUUAGCGUCUGGGCCAAGCAAGAGAGGCCGUGGACACUAGUACUUAUUUUCUUUUCCUUUUUUUGCCUUUGCAGCAACAUAUGUAAAGAUUUGUGUAACUAAGUUUUUUCUUCAUCUCAAAAGGAAAAAAAAACAAUUUAUUGAUUCAUAUGCCAUGUAAUCACUAAUCAGAGGCGUGGUUACUGGCUUUUUGUUUGCACAAGUCGUUAUACAUGUAAAGGUUAAUUUGAAUUUUUCUAUAAUGAGUACAAAGGACUAUAGUUUUAUCACUUUCAAAACGUCACAAACAAAAGCAAAUGAUAGAAAGAAUAAAAUGUUUACUAUAAGAACAGCCA